ACGAAACCAGAUUUGAUUGGAUUUUUAACGACAAUCGAAAUGAACGCUUUGUGACGUACCAUUCAUAAUUUUAUGUUUGUAAUUGCGUGGUUUUAGUGCGUUAAAAAAACUGUAACGAAUGUUGUGCGGUGCCAUAGGGUUGUCCUUAAUACAAUCGGAUCACCCGCCGUUAGCAGCUGAACUGAGCUCUCGUGUGGCCGCACACGCAUCUCGCUUGCAGGAGCCCAAGCAAGACGCGCGUCUCCCCAUACCUACAGCGCAGGAUCUGGAAGCGGUCAGAAAGAUCGCACAGGUCUUAAUCAUGCUAGGUGAACAGAUAAUACCAGCGCUUAUCAACGGAACAGGAGCUGGGAAUGGAGGCACCACGGCCACGGAGAUACCCAACGAUAUAGUGAAUACCGAUUAAUAUAAAAAAUGUUAUAAUAAAUAUGUUAAAGGGGAAAGGGUUAUGUGUAGGUAUUAUACGUAAGGCAUGAAUGAUGUAUGCUAAGAAAUUAAACAAAUAGCUGUCAAAGUUCUCGAAGUUUAUAUACUGAACGGAUAACACGCUUUAUUUAAAAUUAUGUAAUCUGACUACUUACUGGCAAAGUACUCCACCUAAAUAAAGCACUUCAACCCAGACGAUUGAGGUGAUGUUUUUAUUGUGAUUAUAAAAAUUGGUAGUGUUUUUUUUUUAAUAUAAUUUUUUUAACUAUCAGUAUUUAGGUACAAUUAAAAUACAAGAAACAGAAAAUAUGAUUGUGUAUUUUGAUUAAUUGCUGGCAACGAAAACUAGAAAAAUUUAUAUCAAUUUUAAAGACUCCAUUAAUCUUGUUAUUCAA